UCUUAGCGUAAAAUGCCAAACCUUUUGCCUUGUGAGACACUCACUCACAAACCACACCAACCCUAUCCCUUGUGAAAUGGGGGUUUCAGGCCUCGGCACUUGCCUCACAAACUGAUACUACUUGUCUCAUCCUCAUCAACUUUGCAUAAGAGCUCUAUAAAAGAUCUCAUUUGGUUUGGACUUUGGAGCAAUAUUAAAGCACUUGCUUGUGUCAGAGUGCUUCUUAUAGAAAAUAUGGAGGGACAUCAACUUUUGGGCUUUGGGUUCUUUAUAGUUGGUUUAUGGCAUCUCUUCAACAACAUCAAGCUCCAUGUUCUUUGUUUCAAGUCUUACACAUCAACCCUAUGGUUUCCCAUCAGAAAAUUCAGAUACUUGGAGCUCCAUUUCAUCAUGGCAAGCUGCAUAAUCUUCAUUACCAUGGAGCUCUUCAUCGCUCAGGCUCAUCACCAACCAUUGGACCCUGAUGGAACAAUUCCCUCUACCCAUCUCCAUAACUUUGAACACUCCUUAAUGGCUUUGGCUUUCUUGGUCUAUGCUACCUUUGCCAUGGUUCUUGAUAUAAAAGGGACUAAAGCUCAACAUGACUUAACUCAAUUGCUUGGAGCUAUAGCUUUUGCACAACAGCUUCUUCUUAUCCACCUUCACUCUACAGAUCACAUGGGGCUAGAAGGACAAUAUCAUUUUUUGUUGCAAAUUCUGGUCCUUAUUUCUUUGGUCACAACCCUCAUGGGAAUUGGCUUCCCUAAGAGCUUCUUGGUCAGCUUUGUGCGUUCAAUCAGCAUAACCUUCCAAGGUGGGUGGCUUAUGAUCACGGGAUUCAUGCUUUGGACACCUGAGUUUGUAGCCAAAGGUUGCUUCUUGCACCUUGAGGGUGAUAAAUAUGUGAUAAGAUGCAAUGAUGAUGAGGCCCUUCAUCGUGCUAUCUCUCUGGUGAACAUUCAAUUUAGCUUGCUGUUGAUUGGAGUCACCAUUUUUGCAAUGUCUUUCUACUUAAUUAUGGCUACAAGUUAUGGUGAAAAAGUGGAGUAUGUUUCACUGAGGAAGGAGGAACAUUGCCGUGAAGAUAGCUCAAACAAUGACGUUGAAUCCCAAUCCCAAAGGAAAAGCAUGCAAGAGUAAAUUUAAAGCACUAUGUGAAUUAUAUGCUCUAUUAGUGGAUAAAAAAAAACACUUAUAUAAAUAUAUUGCUUAAAUUCUUAUUGUAGAAAGAACAAAUAGUAUCUAUAUUAUUCGUGACGUUGCGAGUAAUACGAGCAUACUUGAGUAGGAAAACCACUCUCGAAAUCGAGAGCAAGACUAGCACAGCGUAACAAACAUAUGCACAAUAGGAAGCUUUAUA